ACAGCCGGUGCCCCGCCCCUCCCUUUCUUCCUGGACCGCGCCUCGGGCGCCUCCCCCACCCGACCCUGCGUUCACCGGACCUGAUCCCCGAGCCCGGAGCCCCGAGCUCCGAGUCCCGGUGUGGACGUCUCCCACGUGCCAACCACCCUCUGUGCCUCCUACCCGGUCUCCAUCGGCUUAGGGAACUUGGAAGUUCCCUGGUCCUGCCCCCCAGCCUCAGAGGGGAAACUGAGGGAGGCCCUGGCGGGCGGGCCUCCCCUCACCAGCGUUUCCACGCAGGCGCCAUGGCCGAGCCCCUGAAGGAGGAAGACGGCGAGGACGGCUCUGGGGAGCCCCCCGGGCCAGUGAAGGCGGAGCCCGCCGGCACCGCUGCCUCCGUAGCGGCCAAGAACCUGGCCCUGCUGAAAGCGCGCUCCUUGGACGUGACUUUUGACGUGGGGGACGAGUACGAGAUCAUCGAGACCAUCGGCAACGGCGCCUACGGGGUGGUGUCCUCCGCACGCCGCCGCCUGACCGGCCAGCAGGUGGCCAUUAAGAAGAUCCCUAAUGCGUUUGAUGUGGUGACUAAUGCCAAGCGGACCCUCAGGGAGCUGAAGAUCCUCAAGCACUUCAAGCAUGACAACAUCAUCGCCAUCAAGGACAUCCUGAGGCCCACCGUGCCCUACGGCGAGUUCACAUCUGUUUAUGUGGUCCUGGACCUGAUGGAGAGCGACCUGCACCAGAUCAUCCACUCUUCGCAGCCGCUCACACUGGAGCACGUGCGCUACUUCCUGUACCAGCUGCUACGGGGCCUCAAGUACAUGCACUCAGCUCAGGUCAUCCACCGGGACCUCAAGCCCUCCAACUUGUUGGUGAAUGAGAACUGUGAGCUCAAGAUCGGUGACUUCGGCAUGGCACGGGGCCUGUGCACCUCACCUGCUGAGCAUCAGUACUUCAUGACCGAAUAUGUGGCCACACGCUGGUACCGUGCCCCGGAGCUCAUGCUGUCGCUGCAUGAGUACACGCAGGCUAUUGACCUGUGGUCCGUGGGCUGCAUCUUCGGUGAGAUGCUGGCCAGGCGCCAGCUCUUCCCAGGCAAAAACUAUGUGCACCAGCUGCAGCUGAUCAUGAUGGUGUUGGGUACCCCAUCACCAGCUGUGAUUCAGGCUGUCGGGGCUGAAAGGGUACGGGCAUAUAUCCAGAGUCUGCCACCACGCCAGCCUGUGCCCUGGGAGACAGUGUACCCAGGUGCUGACCGCCAGGCCCUCUCACUGCUGGGGCGAAUGCUGCGUUUUGAGCCCAGUGCCCGCAUGUCAGCAGCUGCUGCCCUUCGCCACCCCUUCCUGGCCAAGUACCAUGACCCUGAUGAUGAGCCUGACUGUGCCCCACCCUUUGACUUUGCCUUUGACCGGGAAGCCCUCACCCGGGAGCGGAUUAAGGAGGCCAUUGUGGCCGAGAUUGAGGACUUUCAUGCCAGGCGCGAGGGCAUCCGCCAGCAGAUACGCUUCCAGCCUUCUCUGCAGCCUGUGACCAGUGAGCCCAGCUGCCCCGACAUUGAGAUGCCCAGUUCCUGGGCUCCCAGUGGGGACUGUGCCAUGGAGUCACCUCCACCAGCUCCACUGCCGUGCCCUGGCCCUGCACCUGACACCAUUGAUAUGACCCUGCAGCCACCCCCCGCGCUGGCCAGUGAACCAGCCCCUCCAAAGAGAGAGGGUGCCAUCUCCGACAACACCAAGGCAGCCCUCAAAGCUGCCCUGCUCAAGUCCUUGCGGAGCCGGCUCAGAGAUGGGCCCAGUGCCCCCCUAGAAGCACCGGAGCCUCGGAAGCCAGUGACAGCCCAGGAGCGCCAGCGUGAGCGGGAAGAAAAGCGGCGGCGGAGGCAGGAGCGAGCAAAGGAGCGGGAAAAGCGGCGGCAGGAGCGGGAGCGCAAGGAGCGAGGGACUGGGGCCUCUGGGGGCCCCUCCACUGAUUCACAGUCACAACACCUCCGGCCCGGCCCACCAGUCCUGCUGGCUCUGUAGCCCAGCCCACGGGACACCCACCACCUGCGCGCCACCCCUGGUCCUGCACCACAGCCGGCCUGCCCAGCCGCUCGCCCUGCUCCCCACCCUGCUGGCCCUCCUAGGCCUGGCCCUGCUCCACUCCAGACCACCACCACCUCCAACCUCCUGGCCCCCACACCUCCGGCCCGGCCCACCAGUCCUGCUGGCUCUGUAGCCCAGCCCACGGGACACCCACCACCUGCAGGCGCCACCCCUGGUCCUGCACCACAGCCGGCCUGCCCAGCCGCUCGCCCUGCUCCCCACCCUGCUGGCCCUCCUAGGCCUGGCCCUGCUCCACUCCAGACCACCACCACCUCCAACCUCCUGGCCCCCCAGUCGCUUGUGCCACCCCCUGGGAUGCCUGGUUCCAGCACCCUGGGUGUUCUGCCUUACUUCCCACCUGGCCCAGCCCCUCCAGACCCCAGGGGGACCCCUCAACCCUCCACCUCAGAGUCACCCGAUGUCAACCUGGUGACCCAGCAGCUGUCCAAGUCUCAGGUGGAGGACCCUCUGCCCCCCGCGUUCUCGGGCACACCAAAGGGCAGUGGGGCCGGUUAUGGCGUUGGCUUUGACCUGGAAGAAUUCCUCAACCAGUCUUUCGAUAUGGGCGUGGCGGAUGGGCCACAGGAUGGCCAGACAGACUCGGCCUCUCUCUCAGCAUCCCUGCUGGCUGACUGGCUCGAGGGCCACGGCAUGAACCCUUCUGACAUCGAGUCUCUGCAGCGUGAGAUCCAGAUGGAUUCCCCGAUGCUGCUGGCUGACCUGCCUGACCUCCAGGAGCCCUGAGGCCCACAGCGUGUGCCUGGGUGCCAGGGAGACCCAGGCCCCCGGCCUGGCAGCGGAAGCUUGACUUGGGAUUAUCCUGAGGUUCCUCUGAGACCCACCCCACAGCCUUAAGCAGCCACCUGAGCCACCACCGAGCCACGACAGGGUCAGGAAACCCCUACUCCCCGGGCGAGCCUUCUCAGUAUUCUAUUUUUAUUAUGUAAUUUUAUUAGUCAUUCUCUUUGCCAUAAAAAUGAGGCCUGUGAAA